CCGAGACUUUGGCGCGAUAUCCGAAAGCUGCAGCUUCGAGGGCGCGCUGUGGCCCGAAAACGAGGUCUGAGGAGGGCGGAGACGCACCCAGAGAGGGAUAGUUGGGAGCCGAAUUUCGCCUGAGUGGUGUGCAGAAGGCCGGAACAAGGGAGUAGAGAAGUGGUCCGCACGCGAACGGGGGUCUGGGGUCCGUCCCGGUGUGGACCGAGGCAGCGGACGGAAGUGGGAGCGCUGCGGGCAGAGCUGAGUGUGUUACGCGCGGACUCGGCUCCUUUUUGCUUCAGGUAUUAAAUGCUGAGGAAUGGCUAUGCAAAUGCAGCUUGAAGCAAAUGCAGAUACUUCAGUGGAAGAAGAGAGCUUUGGCCCACAACCUGUUUCAAGAUUAGAGCAAUGUGGCAUAAAUGCCAAUGAUGUGAAGAAAUUGGAAGAAGCUGGAUUCCAUACUGUGGAGGCUGUUGCUUAUGCACCAAAGAAGGAACUAAUAAAUAUUAAGGGGAUUAGUGAAGCAAAAGCUGAUAAAAUUCUGACUGAGGCAGCCAAGUUAGUUCCAAUGGGUUUCACUACUGCAACUGAGUUCCACCAAAGGCGAUCAGAGAUCAUACAGAUUACUACUGGCUCCAAAGAACUUGACAAACUGCUUCAAGGAGGAAUUGAGACUGGAUCCAUUACAGAGAUGUUUGGAGAAUUCCGAACUGGGAAGACUCAGAUCUGUCAUACAUUGGCUGUAACAUGCCAGCUUCCCAUUGACCGAGGUGGAGGAGAAGGAAAGGCCAUGUACAUUGACACUGAAGGUACCUUUAGGCCAGAACGUCUGCUAGCAGUGGCUGAGAGAUAUGGUCUCUCUGGCAGUGAUGUACUGGAUAAUGUAGCAUAUGCUCGAGGUUUCAACACAGACCACCAGACCCAGCUUCUUUAUCAAGCAUCAGCCAUGAUGGUAGAAUCUAGGUAUGCACUGCUAAUUGUAGACAGUGCCACUGCCCUCUACAGAACCGACUAUUCGGGUCGAGGAGAGCUUUCAGCCAGGCAGAUGCACUUGGCCAGGUUUCUGCGGAUGCUUCUGCGGCUUGCUGAUGAGUUUGGUGUAGCAGUGGUGAUCACCAACCAGGUGGUAGCCCAAGUGGAUGGAGCAGCCAUGUUUGCUGCAGAUCCUAAAAAACCGAUUGGAGGAAAUAUCAUUGCUCAUGCCUCAACAACCAGACUGUAUCUGAGGAAAGGAAGAGGGGAAACCAGAAUCUGCAAAAUCUACGACUCUCCCUGUCUUCCUGAAGCUGAAGCUAUGUUUGCCAUCAAUGCAGAUGGAGUGGGAGAUGCCAAAGACUGAAUCAUUGGGGAUUUUCCUGUGAUAAAGCUUAAGUGCUACAGUGUAAUGGAGUGGACUGCUCCCUGGGAGUUCUUCAUAGGCCUUUUCCUCUUGUGACUGCCAGAAAAAGGCUUCUGGAAAAACAGCUAUUAUAUCAGCUUUUCUGAUGGUGUAAACAGGAGACAGGUCGGUAAUCACAAACUGAUCUGAAAUGUUUGUUCUGUCUGGAGUUUAUGUGAAUUAUUUUGGGGGAAGUAAGGAAUACCUUUGAUUAACUCAGCUGUCUUCUGGACAACCUUUGGUUCUCUUGCAGACAAAAGCUGAGGAGACUGAAUGGACUCUUUGCUCCCCAGGCAUUUCAACAUUAUUCAGAUAGACAAAGGAAGUGGGUCUCCUCGCAGGGCUUUUUGUUCAUGUCAGUAAAACUCAGAUAAUUUAGGCAAACUUAAAAAUCUACUUCUGACACCUUUUCAAUUUAAGGGCUACUGAGCAGACCUAUUGGGCCACCAGUCCUUCAAUAUAUAUGUGCUUGGUUUUUUUUAACUGCUAAGAGUAACUCAAGGUAAUUCUGGAAUCUUAAGCAUUUCAGAAACUCUUUAGAUUUAGUAUGGGGCUACUAAUAAAGUAGUUAUUUGUGGUAUUUACAGAAGCUAUUCUGGUGUAAGCUGAAUAACUUAUUGGCCCUAAGUGAUCAGUUUCUUAAAAGGAAGUCAUAUAUUCAGAUAAUUGCACUUACUAGCCUUCAAUGUAAUAGACAAUGUAAUAGACAUUAUAAGAUGAAUGUCCAAUGACUUUCCUGUGGCCUUUGUAAUAAGUGUAACGUUCCAGAGUCCUGAUACUUGGAUGAAUAUCUAUCUAUAUUAAAGAAUGGGAUAUCUUU